CACGCCCAGCGUUUAUUUCCGGGUAAAGAGGACUGGAAAGGGGUACGACUCAUUUAAUUUUACCAAACAUCGCUCGGUUUCCCUUCUAUGUGGUGUGUCUUUUCUCAUUACUGUUACAGCGCAACGGCAAGGAACAUUUUUACACACUUCCCCACAAACUGCCUGACCUACUAAAUCUUGAUUGACAUGGCAGCCAAUGGAGCGAGCUGUGAACAGCCUCAGAAACGUGCAGGAGCUAAAGACAAGCAGAAUGGCAGGUCUACAGACUCCUCGGUGAGAGAGCGGCGGCAGAAAGAUAAGGAGGACCGCCUGUCUCUAGUGGUAUGGAGGAGACCUGUCACCACGCUUCAUUACUUCCUCCUGGAGACCCUGAUCAAGCUAAAGGAGUGGACAUUUAAGCUUUGGCAGCAACGGGGCACAGUGUUUUUGGUUUUGGUGUUAUGUUCUAUGUUCUCCAUUGCCUACUCCACUGAGGGAGCACACCAACAUUAUGUUGAGUACCUGGAGAAGAAGUUCCUAUGGUGUGCCUACUGGGUAGGACUUGGGAUCCUGUCCUCAGUAGGCCUUGGGACUGGCCUGCACACCUUCCUCCUCUAUCUGGGUCCUCACAUAGCAUCAGUAACCCUGGCAGCAUACGAGUGCGGCUCCACAGACUUCCCAGAGCCUCCGUACCCAGACCAGCUUGUCUGUCCCCAAGGUGGAGGGGUGGAGGGAAGCAUCUCCCUCUUCUCAAUCAUGUCAAAGGUCCGCCUGGAGGCAUGCAUGUGGGGGGCAGGCACGGCCAUCGGGGAGCUGCCUCCAUAUUUCAUGGCCAGAGCGGCUCGUCAGUCAGGAGCUGAUCCAGAGGAUGAAGACUAUGAGGAGUUUGAGGAGAUGUUGGAGCAGGCCGAAGGCGCUCAGGAUUUUGUCACAAGAGCUAAACUGGGAGUCCAGCACAUGGUGCAGAAAGUGGGAUUUUUUGGGAUCUUGGCUUGUGCCUCUAUCCCCAAUCCUCUCUUUGAUCUGGCUGGUAUAACUUGCGGUCACUUUAUGGUUCCCUUCUGGACCUUCUUUGGCGCAACUCUAAUUGGGAAAGCCAUCAUCAAGAUGCAUAUACAGAAACUAUUUGUCAUCAUUACCUUCAGCAAGCACAUAGUGGAGCAAAUGGUGUCGCUCAUCGGGUCUGUGCCCAGAGUUGGACCGUCACUUCAGAAGCCCUUCAGCCAGUACCUGGAAGCACAGAGGAACAAGCUGCACCAUGCUGGGGGAAGUGCACCAGCGGAUGAGAACUGGCUGUCGUGGGUGUUCGAGAAGGUGGUGCUGGUCAUGGUCUGCUACUUUGUCAUUUCCAUCGUCAACUCCAUGGCUCAGAGCUACGCCAAGCGCCUGCAGCAGCAGAGGCACUCAGAGGAGAAAACGAAGUGAUGAUGAGACAAAGCGGUGCAAACAUCCAAGUGACUGUGUUUGUUCUGCUGCUGCUGAGAGCCCUCCGCUCAGCCCCAGCCACUCACAACUUAACAACAAACCUCACCCCCCAUCCAUUCUCAGAGACUGAACGUUACAAAACACCAGACACUAUUUGUUGGUGUGUGUGUGCUUUAGAGAGGAUGUAUGUGCUAUUUACUGUUUGUCCCUCUUCAAGUUUUGUAGUUCUUCCCCUCAUCUCAACUUUCUAGGUGUGUGUAGUACGAUUGGUUCUAACGCUGGUCUUAACAUGUUAUUUUAACGGUAAAUUGAACCCAUUCAUUGACCUCAGAAGCAGCGGUUUGGUGGUGACUGCUGUGUACGGGCAGUGCCCAUUAGAUGCUAUGCCUUAUGCAAGACUGGAAGGUCUAACUUCCUUUUGAAUAUAGUUCUUGACUUAUAAACUUGAUUUUUAUUUAAUUUUGUAACAUGUAUGUAUGUAUGGAUCUUGAUUUGUUUGUACAGUGUGCUGCCAUGAUAACUGCGAUGGGUGGUCUUGCUUUUCAGGGUUUAAUUUUCCUCAUGUUUUUGUCCUGUUAAAACAGUAAGACCAAUUGUCUUUUUUUGUUUCUAGAAAUUUCUGUUUAAAAUGGUAGAGGAAAAAAAGCAAUAUCAACUUAAAACAGUGUGGUAUUGAUGGUUUGCACAUUGUGUAAAUAUCUUUGACAGUAUGCGCAGAUGUAUUUCUAUUCUAAUGGUCUGUGUGGACGUGAGUUAUCUUGAACCAAAACAAAAAAAAGAAAAAGGUGACAUCAUUUGUAAAGUGACAUUGUACGCCUAGUUAACUAGUCCCAUUUCUAUACUGUACAUUUAGGUUGAAACUUGGAUCAGAUCAUGGAUAAAACAUGUAAAUCAUGGCACCUGU